AUGAGUGCUCCUCCGCUGAUCCGGGCGCCCAGCCCGCUCCCGUUCUUGGGGGGUUCGAACAGCUCCAACGCGGGGGGUGGAGGAGCGGGAAGUGGAGUGAUCUCCUUCCACAUUCAGAUCGGUAUGAGCCGGGAACCAGUGCUGCUGGAUGCCUCGGAGCUCAAUCUCGGUCAGGUCCGUGAAGUGGCGUGCUCCAUCGUUGACCAGAAGUUGCCCGAGUGUGGCUUCUAUGGAAUGUAUGAUAAGAUCCUGCUGUUUCGUCAUGACCAAACAUCAGACAACCUACAGCUGCUGCAUUCUGCCUCUCAGAUCCAGGAUGGAGACCUUGUAGAGGCCAUACUUUCAGCAUCGGCCACAGUAGAGGAUUUCCAGAUUCGUCCACAUAGCCUUUUUGUUCACUCAUAUAGGGCUCCAACUUUCUGUGAUCACUGUGGGGAAAUGCUGUGGGGACUUGUACGACAGGGGCUCAAAUGUGAAGGUUGUGGUCUGAAUUAUCAUAAACGCUGUGCCUUUAAGAUUCCCAACAACUGCAGUGGGAUGAGAAGGCGUCGUCUAUCGAAUGUAUCCCUGACUGGAGGACUGAUUAAUAUGGGCCGCCCCCUCUCUGCUGAGCCCUCACCACCACACUACACAGAUGAUGCUUUACUGUCCCCAGUUAGUCCUGGUAUAGAGCAAAAGAACCAGUUAGAUUAUUUCCCUGGCAGAGAAAGACGAUCCAGCUCCCAGUCAUAUAUUGGUCGUCCCAUUGAGCUGGACAAGAUUCUGCUGUCAAAGGUUAAAGUCCCCCACACAUUUCUGAUCCACUCGUACACCCGACCUACUAUCUGCCAACACUGCAAAAAGUUGCUGAAAGGUCUCUUCAGGCAAGGGCUGCAGUGCAAAGAUUGUAAAUUUAAUUGCCAUAAAAGAUGCGCUCUGAAGGUCCCAAACAACUGCCUGGGAGAGGUUUGCAAAAAUGAAGAGCUCCUUAGUCCAGGAACAGAGUCAGAUGUUGUGAUGGUGGAGAGCUGCCUUGAUGACCAUAAUCUGGACAGUGGUGGCAGCCAACAUGAAGACAUGGAUGAAGUACGAACUUCAGGUGGAAGCUUGUUGCAAGAAACAGGACCCAGUGACUUCGGUGAUCUGUGUGACAAUGACCUGGAUGACUCUAGUCGUGACAUCAGCCCGUCCACAAGUAACAACAUUCCACUGAUGCGAGUUGUUCAGUCUGUUAAACAUACAAAGAGGAAGAGCAGCAAUGUGAUGAAAGAAGGCUGGAUGGUUCACUACACUAGCAAGGACACCCUGAGAAAAAGACAUUACUGGCGGUUGGACAGUAAAUGCAUCACAUUGUUUCAAAGCGAAACAGGAAAUAAAUUUUAUAGGGAGAUCCCUCUGUCAGAAAUCUUAUCUCUUGAGCCAGCUCAUGACUUCUCUCUUCUUCCUGAUGGACCCAAUCCUCACUGUUUUGAGAUUGCUACGGCUUCACUGAUUUACUAUGUUGGAGAGAAUGUGUGUAGAGCUGAAUCUUCCAUAAAGGACAGUAACAUCAUGGUCAGUGGUGCGGGGCAUGAUGUAGCUCGAAUGUGGGAAAUGGCCAUCCAGCACGCUCUGAUGCCAGCUGUCUCUUCAGGAGUUUGCUGCAGCUCGCAUAGGAGUGGACACAAGGAAGUUUCAGUUAGUAUUUCUGUCUCCAACUGCCAGAUCCAGGAGAACGUGGAUAUCAACUCUGUGUAUCAGAUAUUCCCUGAUGAGGUUCUUGGAUCAGGACAGUUUGGUAUUGUGUAUGGCGAAGUGAGGCGUGUGGAGGGGCCCAAAAUGGCGGAAUAUUUAACACGAAAACCAAAAGCCAAAAGCGUGCUUUGGCUAACCCCUGGCGAUGAGGGCAAUUUAUUGGUGAUGUUUGGCCUCAGCGGGAGUGCCAGCAAAGAGGGCACCAGUUCCAUCCUGGUGGCUUUACGUCAUCUUCACUUCAAGAACAUUGUACACUGUGAUCUGAAACCUGAAAAUGUCCUACUGGCAUCUGCAGACUCUUAUCCACAGGUGAAGCUUUGUGAUUUUGGAUUUGCUCGAAUUAUUGGUGAAAAGUCAUUCAGGCGAUCUGUGGUUGGCACACCAGCAUAUCUUGCGCCAGAGGUCCUAAGAAACAAAGGUUAUAACCGCUCUCUGGACAUGUGGUCGGUUGGAGUUAUUAUUUACGUCAGUCUCAGUGGGACUUUCCCUUUCAAUGAAGAUGAAGACAUCAACGAUCAGAUCCAGAAUGCAGCCUUCAUGUAUCCUGCUCACCCCUGGAAAAAGGUUUCACUGGAAGCAAUUGACCUGAUUAAUAACCUCCUCCAAGUAAAGAUGAGAAAGAGGUACAGUGUGGACAAGACCCUCAGUCAUCCCUGGUUACAGGACUACCAGAUGUGGCUCGACCUAAGGGGCUUGGAGACUCGAACAAAUGAGCGCUACAUCACCCACGAGAGUGACGACCUGCGCUGGCUUCAUCAUGCCAAGCACAGCGGCCUAGACUUCCCCAUGAAUCUUCUCAAUGCCCCGUGCAGUAAUGAAGAUUAUGGGCUGGAGCUUUAUCAGGAGAAGGAGGAGCUGGAGACCCUCAGUGAGAGGGUUAGUGAACUCUGA